UGACAGUUGACAGAAAGUCGAAAUAGAAACGAUACUAUUUUUUGUUGGGAUUGUUUUAUUUUAAUUUUUAUUUGAAUUUUCCAAUUUGUACCAUGGAAUCCUAUGUAAAUAUCUACAAUUCCAUUUGUCGUUUAUGUUUAAGAUACAAUGACUGUAAGAAAAUGAUAUCCCUAAUUGAUGGAAACAGCGUUAGUGGGCUAUCUCCGCAUGCUAAAGCAGUGUUGACUUUCGCUAAAAUAAGUAUCAGUAAAGAAGACUGUUUUCCCAGCAAUAUGUGUUUAGAGUGUUUGUAUUUAUUAAAGCAAGCUAUUCGCUUUAAAUUAGUGACUGAGUCUAGUGAUAAUUGUUUAAAAAACUUGAAGAGUUCGGCAUGCAAUGACAGUGAAAAUUUCAAAGAUAAUAUUGUUGAAUACACAAUGUUAAAGUUUUACUUUCCGACUGAGAGCUUCACAGAAACGGGUGAAUGUUUUACCAAUAUGAAUGCUCUCCAAGAACCCACAGUGAAGCAAAGUUCGAAAAAAUAUAAGAAACAUAAGAAAUUUCAAUUAUCUAGUAGCACAUCUUGUAUGUAUGAUGACGUUUUUGAUAAUUAUGAGCCAGAGUCGGACACUGAAAGUACUUCACGUGAUGAGAACAAAGUUUUGAAUGAAUUUGACAACAAUAUUGAUUCCAAAAUCAGAUUACCAACUCCUACUACUGUACAGAAAGUGUUUAUAAGAAAGAAACAAGGCAUAAAAAGGAGAAAACUUUUGACCAGGGAAAAUAGGCUCCAAAAAGACUUGCUUUGUAAUAUAUGUAAUAAAAUUUUGGCAAAUCAAUAUACAUAUAAGGCUCACAUGCAGAAACAUAAUGGAUACAGGUUUAUAUGUGAACACUGUGGUAAAGGUUACCCUGUUUAUAAUGUUCUGCAAGCCCACCAGCUAUUGAAACAUAGUAUGGGCCCAUACCGUCAAUGUUCAUACUGCCCUUUUAAAGCUCCUGGAAAAAUUGAAUUGACUGAACAUGAAAGAAUACAUUCAGGAGAGCGCCCGUACACUUGUGACAAGUGUGGAUUAACUUUUCGUAGAAGAGCUAUAUGGAGGAAGCACUUAUUACACCAUUCUGAGAAGAAAAUUCAAUGUUCCCUAUGUCCUAGGAAAUUCUACUUGAAAAGUGACAUGUUAGCACAUGUUAAUAACAUUCAUAAUAGAGUAUACAUGUUUUCAUGUAGUGAAUGUGGUGCUACAUAUACUUCAACCAAGACUGUUAGACGACAUAUGACUGAGCGCCAUGGGAUUCCAAGGGAGAUGCAGGGGAAAAUUAUGAGGGUUAAUAAAAGGGCUGACGGUGAUCAAGAGUAAUUGUCUAGGCAUUUUAUUUUCCAAUAAUGUAAUUAAAAUAAAGAGAUCUAUACACUGUUGUUUUA